AUGACUGUCUAUUCAUUCUAUAUUUUUGACCGCCACGCGGAAUGCAUUUACAAACGUCGUUGGCUUCCGCGCCCAACCUCCGUUGCGGGAAAGUCACAGAUUCCCGGUGGAGCAGGAUCAUCCGGUCAAACAGUAAAAGCAGGAGAUGAUGAUGCGAAGCUGGUCUUUGGAACAGUCUUUUCACUCCGCAACAUGGUGCGCAAGUUGGGAGGCGAGGAGGACAACUUCGUCUCCUAUGCUACCAGCCAAUACAAACUGCACUACUACGAAACGCCCACCAAUAUCAAGUUCGUCAUGUUGACCGACCUCAAGAGCCCCAGUAUGCGAAUCGCCUUGCAGCAGAUCUAUAUCAACUUGUUUGUGGAAUACGUGGUCAAGAAUCCGUUGUCGCCGGUCGAGCAUCCUGGCGGCGUAGGCGUGAACAAUGAGCUCUUCGAGGAGUCAUUGGAACAGUUCGUGACUCGUGUUCUGGCGUGA